CCUGCACUGUGGGAUGUGCAGAGCCAUCUGCGUACUGUCUGUUGGGAUCCACAGAAAGACACAAUGGAUUCAAGCAGAAUUUUAAUCUGCACAUUAAGUGCAAACUAAUUAGCUUGAGUUGCUGCCUUUGUUAGGCACUGCACAUCCUAGCCAGAAGUACAGCAGGUUAGGUCCUCCCUUAGCAGCGGAACCAUGAGUCAAAGGCACAAGGAUUGAUAGUGGUUUCAUACCUACCUAAUGGCUCUAGAGCAGGCUCUGCACGGGAUAGCUGUGGCUCAUUAUGUACAGCGUGGUCAUUGCUCAGGCUCCUGGGAUGUUGACACAGCACAGCUGGGAAAAUAUGAAGAUUUUGUGGCUGGUAGUGGUGGCGUGGUGUGUCCUAGCACCUCCAGCGCAGGCCAGCAAGAGCUCGGAGGACAUCCGCUGCAAGUGCAUCUGCCCCCCAUACCGGAACAUCAGUGGGCACAUUUACAAGAAGAAUGUGUCACAGAAAGACUGCAACUGCCUGCACGUGGUGGAGCCGAUGCCUGUGCCGGGGAACGAUGUGGAAGCCUACUGCCUGCUGUGUGAGUGCAAGUACGAGGAGCGCAGCACCACCACCAUCAAGAUCAUCAUCAUCAUCUACCUCUCAGUGGUGGGGGCGCUGCUGCUGUACAUGGCCUUCCUCAUGCUGGUUGACCCCUUGAUCCGGAAGCCAGAUGCCUACACCCAGCCCCUGCACAAUGAAGAGGAGAACGAGGAGGCCCGCUCAUUGGCAGCAGCUCCCGCUCCCACCGGCGCCAGAGCCAACACGGUGCUGGAGAGGGUGGAAGGAGCCCAGCAGCGAUGGAAGCGCCAAGUGCAGGAGCAGAGGAAGACGGUUUUUGACCGACACAAGAUGCUGAGCUAGAGCAAGCCAGGCAUGCAGUGACGGCCCGCUGGGGACAGGCAGCCGCAGCGUAGAGGGGAUAGGCUGUGUCUAUCUCACCCAAUAGGACCCCCACAUUGUUUGUUUUGAGCCCUGCAACCCAUUCUCCCCAGUGUUUCAUAGAGCAAACAAGGCCAAAGUGCCUGCCCAUGACUGUGCCCUCUGCCCCCUUUGCAGCCUAAGCCAGAGGCACCCUGAGCUUUGCCCAGCUGAGGGCCCCAUUGACAACUGCCCUCAAAUGGCCCCAAAGGAAUCCUGGUGCAGCCACUGUCAUCCUUAAUAAGGAGACUGGCAGAGACUACAGCUCCCAGCAUGUACUGCUCCAGCUUGAUUCCCCAGCGGUCAUGACACAGAGUGCUGCGUGCUGGGACCUGUCGGCUGUACCUCGGUGUUAAAAGUUGCGGGCAAAGGUGGGACCCAGUUUUAGAACUCCCUUGCCUGCAUUUGGCGCUUGGUGUGUGCCCCUCUCUGGAAGCAUGUCACGUGGCAUGAAAUAGCCUUGAGCGAGGGCAUUGUAAUCACUGGGGAAUCCCUGUCCCUCGCCUCUUCCUUUUAGCUGUUGUGUAACAAUCUGCAGCCUGGAGAAUUCAAAGAAAGCUAUUUAAUGAAACAAAGCUGGUUUCAGCCCAUUCCUGGCUUACACAGGGAGACAGAUACAUCAGCACAUGGCUUCUGCCAAACCUGUUUGGCCGCUGUGCUGUCAAGACACAGAGCCCACUGGCCUUAGCUGAGGGGCUGUGAACCCAGAGAAACCAACAAGGGAGGCAAGCUUGUGUUUGUGCUGGAUGAAAUAAGCCAGUUCUGUACAUAUGGGCGCUCAGAUGCAGCUUGUCCUCCCAUAGAGCUCAUGUUCAAUAGGAGGCGGGAUUAUUUAUGGCUAUUAUUUACACUGCCUCACAGUUCUACUCCAUGGCAGGGCACCAAACAUUCUACCACGUACCACAGGGAGCCAGACUCUUCCCUGGGGUAAACGGGCAUAGUUCCACUAAGGUCAGUAGAGCUACCUUCACUGACAGCAGCGGAAGAUCUGGUCCCGGAGCCUUUUCUGUAAGGACGCCGCUCUGGACACAAGAGGCCUGGUUCUCCUCUCAUGGGCACCAGUGUCAGGAUUUGCACUGGUGUGAAUGAGAGGAGAAUCCAGGCCUUUGGAUUCAGUUGCUGCUCUGAUUUACUCUGGUGUAAAUCUGCAGUAACUCCACUGACGUCAGUGGGGUCUCUCCAGAUCUACACCAGCCAGAGUCUCGCACCUGAGCCUUCUGUCUAACUGAGCAUUGUGAAAGAGUGUUGGGUACUAACAACCCAAGGGAGAGGGGGGGAGGCCUGAUUCUCAUUUACACUGAGGCCAUUUUACUCCACUUUAGCCCUGCACAGUGGGGUAACACUUCGCUCCACUUUCAGGCCUGUUUACACUGGCAGAGCGAGGCACAGGGCCAUUAGUGUCAAUGAGACUUUAGAACAAAGGUUUCACUACGUUUAGCAGGUCUGGAACCUAAGCCCCUCUUGCUCUCUGGAUCACAGAGCCCUGAACAUUUACUAAAGAUGCACUUUAGUUUCUGUAAUGCAUAGAAGAAACUGUCCGAGAUCUUUGACUAUGGUAAGUAUUCCUGUGGUGUGUGUGAAAGCAGAGUAAUUAAUUGGUGUAUUUAUUCAUCUGUUACUCCAAUUUGUUUUCCCAUCAAGAAAGUUUGCUAAGUGCUUGAGUUUUGUUAGCAUUGCUUCUUUAAACAGAAACAGAGAUUGCUUCUUUAAACAGAAACAAGAGAGUGUGUCACUUGAGUGGCUUUUUUUAACUGGAUACUUUUGCUGUGUAGGAAUUAAAAUAUUCUAUGCUAGGCUGCAGAUACCUGGUUUUCAGAGCAAAAUUAAUUGCGGACGGGGGAGAGGAGAAAGGGGAGCAAUGGGUGCUGUUGGCGGCUGGGGGAAGGGAAUAUAAAUAUAACCCAAAUUUCCCUGUGCUCUCCUAGCCUUAUGUUAAACCUGUGCCCAGGCUCAGCUGAUGUGCAGGGCUUACCCAGUCAGAGAAUGGGAUUCUCUGACCUGUGUUAUGCAGGACGUCAGACUCAGUAAUCAGAAUAGCACCUUCUGACCUCAGCAUCUAGGCUGUUAGCUAAGGACCUAAUCCCAAAAGGUGCUGAGAAAUUGCUUUGACUUCAGUGGUAUCGGAGAGUACUUAGGGGUACUUAGGACUGGAUCCUGCAGAGGGCUAACGAAAUGUACGCUGUCAGCCAAAAUAUAAAGAGCCCUCCUGAUUUAUUUUGGGCCUGCAUGCCUGGAUAUCCCACAAAAAACAAAGCAAAGGUCUCAUCAGUGCUUUUCUGGGGACCAGGGGUGACGGGCAGCCAUGGCUUGGGGUUACACCAGGGAUAAAUAUGGCCCCAUCCAUUCAACAGGCUUUCAUAUCAUCUUACUGUAAGGCUCAGGUGCACCUGUCUUUUACAAGGUAAAUUUUUUCCCUGUAUUUGCAUUUGCCUGCUCAGCGUGAAAUUCACCACCAAUGCCCUGUGCCUGCUCCCUGAGGCU